GGAUCCUCUACUAACGAGGGAGUUGCUAAUAUCUCCUAAUGAACAAAUCUCAGCCGUUCAUUUUACAUCAACGGCCAGUAUCCUCACUACACAUCCCCAUGAAGUUCUCUCUCCCCUUCACAACCCCCUUCAACAUCCUGCAGCUCCCUCUCUCCCCCUCCCUCUCUCCCCCUCCAAGAUCAUCGGCGCUCGGCGCUCUCUCCCCCUCGAUCUCGAUUCGCGAGCUCACCGCAGAUCUGGACCACCUCCGCGAGCCGACCCCGCCGUUGAUCUCUCUCUCUCUCGAUCUCGAUCUCGAUCCGCGAGCGGAGUUCGUCGCAGAUCUGGACCACCUCCGCGAGCUCUCUCUCUUCCCCAAAAUUCCUCCGCGAGAUUCCUCCUCCGACGCUGCAGGCAUUAUGGAAGAGCCUGUGGAAGAAAACAAUGAUAGUUUGGAGCGUUUAAAAGAAGACUUAAAACCUAAAUUUUUUAUGGAGUUUGAUUCUGAGAUCGAUGCAUAUGACUUUUAUAACGAAUAUGCACGCAGUGAAGGCUUUAGCAUUAGAAGAGCUGCUUAUGCUGCAGAUAAACAAGGUGUACUCACUUCAAGAACAUUUGUUUGUUGUAAGGAAGGUUUGCGGAAGGCGGAUAAGAGAGACGAUUUGACGAGAAAUCCAAGAGGAGAGACAAGGACUAAUUGUGGAGCGGUUAUGGGGAUUAAGUUGGUAAGGCGUACUGGCAAGUAUUAUGUUUAUCGUUUCUCUGAAGAGCAUAACCAUCCUCUUAUCAGCCAAGAAUCUGUCCAUUUUAUGCCAUCUCAUCAAAAAAUCACAUCAACAAAUGAAGCCUUUUUAGACUUGACAGCAAAUUCAGGUCUUUCGCCGAAGUCUGCAUUUGAAUUAAUGGGUCAACAAGCACAUUAAUUUUGUUGUACAUGCACAUAAUAAAACUGAAGAUAAAUAUUCCUUACUACAAUUUACAGAUCAAAGAAACCCUCUAAAUAGGAGAAAGAAAACUAUUCUACAGACGGACUUGACUUAAAAACAAAGACCAUCCCCGCCAGUCAUGUUGUUUAUAACUCCUUCGAUUAUGUUCUUCACUUCAGCCUUUCUAUCUAUGAGGUCAGAACAAUAACCAGUUUGAGUAUGCUUAUCAAGCUUUUCCUUCACUUUUGCCUUAUUUUUCCAUGCAUGAAGACAUUAUUGUCAGAAGCUGAAGAAUAGACCAAACUUAUUAAAGAAACACAUUAACCAGUUUGAGAAAAAAGGAACUGUAAAUAUGCACAAGGAAAUGUAAUACUCAUAUGAGGAAAACACCAUGAGAAUUAAGAUUUAACCAUGACUCA